AUGCGCAGCCUCCUCAGCUCAGACCCUUCCUUUCUCUACUGUCUCAAUCCCAGCUGUACCUCUGGCCAGAUUCACGAUUCCGGUACCGCAGGCCCUAUUUUCCGGUGCGCGGAAUGUGGCUUCAAGAUGUGUACGGCGCAUGAGCCUGUGGUGCCAUUUCACGAGGAUGAGACGUGUGCGGUGUAUGUGGAGCGUGUAGAGAGGGAGAGACAGGAGAGGGAGGCUAGACAGGAGGAGGAUGAAAAGAGGAGGCGCGAGGAGGAAGAGGCGAGUAGGGAGGCGGUUAAGAGGGAUGCGGCCCUAAAGCUCGCCUCAGAGCCGUUCACCUUUCUUAUCUGCGUGUUCACGAAGUACGGCGCGGCUGUCAGCCUCCCCGCAGGUCGUCGCUCACUGAGGCUGGCUCUUCCGAUUUUCCAGUCAGCACGACUCUCAACGCAACUGACAGAGGAAAUCACGGACCCACAAACCCCUGCCUACAAGGGCUGCGAGGAACACUUUCAGGACCCCGUGGACAGGAAGAAGGAUGGGAACUGGUAUGUGAAUUGCAUCACUUGCCGGAACAAAGCCAAAGCUAUCCGACGUCGGGAGAAAGCUGCAUACGGGAUGUGUUUUGGGCAGAAGAAGAAUCACGCAUCGCAAGGAAAUAUUCACGACGAGGAACCCGGCUCAGAGGAUGCUCUGUAA